UGCAUUUUUACACCCACCUCCCUCUCUCUCUCUCUCUAAAACUUUCUUUCCCCUCUCUUUCAUUAUAUAUCUAACAAUGGCAAUCGUAUCAAGAAUUCUCAAGAAAUCAUUUUAGAACAUGGCUUUGAAAUCUUCAGCCAUUUGCAACCACAAAAUGGAUUUUGUUCCUGUUUUCACCAAACCCCCCACCCAACCCACAUCACUGUAUUUUUUAAAGAUGAAAAUUCCAAGUUUUUCUUCAUCAUCUUUUGAAGACCCUUCAACUUUGUUAAAUAAACAAGUAGAAGUCAUGACAGAUUCAACCAACAUUGAGAAAGUAAUUGAAGGGGUGAACAUGAUGGUCACACUAGGAGGAACCAUAGUCGGCGUGGUUUCUUUGGGUGCCAUGCUUUUAGCGAGAGAAGCCGCUUCAAAAACCCAACAGAUGGAACCGGUACCAGCAGGGUCGGCCCUGAGAAUUUGUGUACCCGGUUCGAGCUCGAAAAAAUGUGCCCUUAGGCCUUAAUGAAAUUGGGUAUUGGGCUCCCUAAAGGUCUAAACCUAAUGUCAAAGGGGUUAAUAACUAAUCUAAACCAUAAAAAUAGUUUUGUAAGGGGGCUUGGUGUUUGUAUGGGUGUACCCUAUUAAAAAAAUAUUUUACAUAUACAUAUCAGGUUUUUUUAUAAAAAAAAACGUGUCCCUCGAAAUAUCAGGCUCUGGCCGGUGGUCAGGGGCGGACCCAAGCCCAGCCCAAGGUGGGCGGGCGCACCCCUAGGAAAAAAAGAUUUAGUGCUAAGUUCCGUCGAAAAUCUCGUCCGCACCCCUUGGAAUUUUUCGUCUGCACCCCUUGGAUUUUUCGACUGCACCGUUGAAAUUUUCGUCCGCACCCCUUAGGUAAAAAGUGUUAUCAAUUUAUAUUUUAAAUUUUUUUUAGUAAACUCUUAUUUAAAAAAAAAUACUACCUAAAUUAUACAACUUUUAAU